CAGUGAAUGGAGCGUACAGCCUACAGGUGGUAGUGCAGUGUGUUAUGGAGCUCUGCUCGCUCUUUUCGCCGUGAACCUGCGCACAACCGAGGUGGAGACGGAAAACACGCAGCGUGUCGGAAACUAUACACUGGCCACCCUUUCAUUUUAUUUUUCUUGUUGAAAACAUAAACCGAAACUUGGUCAGGCGGGUUUGGGAAAUUACUGCAACGUUCAGCCAGUUAGGAAGUGUCGCCGUGACUCACAGUGGUUAGCAUGCUAGCUAGUUUGACGGACGCGUCUCCCUUUUUCUUCCUCCAAGGAGCUGAUAGUAUUAAAGUCCCCCCUCGGGGGUAGUUGUGUGUUUUCGCGUUAUCGCGCAGUUUGCGUGUUUAUUGUUUUUUUUCUUCUUUGUUUAACGUACAAUUUGGCCUAUAAACCUUUUGAUGAGUUUCUACUGUAAGAGUCGCAGUAACGUGAAAUGUCAAGCCUGCCUCGGCUGGUAGAGGACUAAACCGCCAUAGAGCUGUAGUGGACUAAGUCGGUUGAGCUGCUUCGGCUAACGGAGACCUUCAGAUGUUACGAAAGUGGGAAAGACGAAACGAUUUGGAUCACGAAGAGCCGACGUUAUGGAUUAAAGCUGGGAUUUGGGGUUAAACUUGGCGCUGGCCAGCAGGCUAACCUCGCUAGCUAGCUUAGCUGCAGCAACCCACCAAGUGAAUGUAGCCCCUCGAUCCACACCCACGUGUGUGUCUGUAACGGACAUGGCUGCUUGCCCCCCAGCACACCAGAAUGGUGACAUUCACCGGCAAGAAAGAGUGCCAAAGCCAUCCGUCACUGCACUGACACUUCAUCUGUACCGCAGCAGCCAGAGUGAAGACUGCGCUCCACUCUGUUACCCACCAGGAGAGUAUAUCGCUGAACAGCUGGCCAUCGACGCAGCCAAGGAGUGUGGUGUGUCACCAGUUUACUUCAGCCUAUUCAGCCUUUAUAGAGAACUUGACAGAGUCUGGUUAUCACCCAACCACCAUCUUCACUUAGAUGAAUCAGCUAAAGAAAGCUUGAUCUUCAGAAUUAGGUAUUACUUUCCUGGGUGGUAUAGCUGUGGAGCCUCUCGGGCUUACAGAUGUGGUGUUGCCAAGGGAUCUGAGAGUCCGGUCCUUGAUGACCAUGUUAUGGCUUAUCUUUUUGCUCAGUGGAGGAGUGACUUUGUAAAUGGUUGGGUGAAGCUGUCCACCAGCCAUGAGACCCAAGAAGAGUGCCUUGGUAUGGCUGUUUUAGAUAUGAUGCGGAUAGCCAAAGAAAAACAGUGCUCACCGCUGGAUAUUUACAAUGCCAUAAGCUAUAAGUCCUUUCUCCCAAAAGACAUGCGGUUGAAGAUCCAGGACUACCACAUAGUAACACGGAAACGAAUUCGCUACCGUUUUCGCAAGGUAGUGCAGCAGUUCAGCCAGUGUCGGGCCACACCACGUGAUCUUAAGCUCAAAUACCUGAUCAAUCUUGAGGCACUUGACUCUGGCUUCUACACAGAACGCUUCCAGGUCAAAGAGGCCUUAGCAGGCCAGGUCACUAUAAUCGUCUCUGCGGAUCAAGGCAUUCAGUGGUGCCGUGAGAAACAAAAGGACGCCCAGCAAGAGGAUCUUCAGCCAUAUUGUGAUUUCCCUCACGUGAUUGAUAUCAGUAUCAGGCAAGCCAGCAAAGAGGGAGCCCCCAAGAGUAGAGUCGUCUCCAUCAACAAGCAAGAUGGCAAAACCCUGGAGCUGGAGUUCUCCUCCCUUGCCGAGGCUCUGUCAUUCGUGUCUUUGAUAGACGGCUACUACAGGCUGACCACCGACACAAAUCACUACCUCUGUAAAGAUGUUGCACCACCUCGAUUGCUGGAAGCUUUAGAAAACUACUCCCAUGGGCCAAUAUCAAUGGAGUUCGCCAUCAAAAAGCUGCGCAUGGCUGGAAACCAGCGAGGUCUUUUUGUGCUACGCAGCAGCCCCAAAGAUUAUAACAAAUUCUUCCUGACAUUUGCUAUUGGGGUGUGUAACGAGGUGGAAUACAAGCAUUGCCUGAUCAGUAGGUCAGACAGUGGCGAUUAUGUUCUGAGUGGGACUAAAAGGACCUUUAGGAGCAUGCAGGAGCUGCUCAAAUGUUACCAAAAGGAGACCGUUCGAUCAGACGGCAUCGCCUUUCAGUUCAGCAAAUGCUGCCCUCCCAAGGCCAAAGAAAAGUCAAAUCUUCUGGUUUGUCGGAGUAAUAAAGGUUUAGAAGUUCUCCCCUCACCCUCGUUACAGAGACAGAACAUCAGUCAGAUGGUGUUUCACAAAAUCCGGAAAGAAGACCUUGAGUUUGGUGAGAACCAAGGCCAGGGAACUUUUACAAAGAUUUUUAAGGGUGUUCGGAAAGAGAUGGGAGACUACGGAGAAAUGCACCAGACAGACGUCAUCAUCAAAGUCCUCGAUAAAGCACACAGAAAAUAUUCAGAGUCCUUUUUUGAGGCCGCCAGUAUGAUGAGCCAGCUCUCCCACAAGCAUCUGACAUUCACCUAUGGCAUCUGUGUGUGUGGCGAAGAGAACAUUAUGGUGCAAGAAUAUGUAAAGUUUGGCUCCCUGGACAUUUACUUGAAGAAAAACAAGAACAGUAUCAGUAUUUUGUGGAAGCUGGAAGUGGCUAAACAGCUUGCAUGGGCCAUGCACUUUCUGGAGGAGAAGAACCUAGCUCAUGGGAACGUAUGUGCCAAAAAUGUUCUUCUAAUACGUGAGGAGGACAGGAAGAAUGGCAACCCUCCCUUUAUUAAACUCAGUGACCCAGGCAUCAGCAUCACAGUGCUGCCCAAAGAGAUUUUACUGGAGAGAAUCCCAUGGGUUGCUCCUGAAUGUAUUGUGGACCCCAAGAAUAUAAGCCUUGCUACAGAUAAGUGGAGCUUUGGCACGACUCUGUGGGAGAUUUGCAGCGGAGGAGAGAAUCCGCUUGCCAACAUGGACAGCUCCAAGAAACAUUUGUUCUAUGAAAAGCACCAUCAGCUGCCUGUUCCUAAAUGGACCGAACUGGCCAACCUGAUUAACAGCUGCAUGGACUAUGAGCCAGCAUUCAGGUCAUCCUUCAGAGCGAUUAUCCGUGACCUCAACACUCUCUCUUGCCCAGAUUAUGAAACGGUGAUGAUGGAGAAUGACUUGGUCCCCAUUAGAACCGGAGGCCUUGUGCUUGUCACAGGAACUUUUGAGGACCAGGAGCCGGUGCAGUUUGAGGAAAGGCAUCUGAUAUUCUUACAGCAACUUGGCAAGGGGAACUUUGGCAGUGUAGAGAUGUGCCGGUAUGACCCCCUGCAGGAUGGUACAGGGGAGGUGGUAGCAGUGAAAAAGCUCCAGCACAGCACUACUGAACACCUGCGUGACUUUGAGCGGGAGAUUGAGAUCCUAAAGUCUCUCCAGCACGAGAACAUUGUGAAGUACAAAGGAGUGUGCUAUGGUGCCGGCCGGCGAAAUCUUCGACUUGUGAUGGAGUACCUGCCAUACGGCAGUCUGAGAGAUUAUCUCAGCAAGAACCGGGAGAGGAUUGACCACAAGAAGCUUGUGCAUUAUGCCUCUCAAAUAUGCAAGGGUAUGGAGUACCUUGCAAACAAACGGUACGUUCACCGAGAUCUGGCUACUCGAAACAUCUUGGUGGAGAGCGAGACUCAGGUAAAGAUCGGUGACUUUGGUUUGACCAAGGUUUUGCCUCAGGACAAAGAAUACUACAAGGUCAAAGAGCCUGGAGAAAGUCCAAUUUUCUGGUAUGCCCCCGAAUCCUUAACUGAAAGCAAGUUCUCGGUGGCGUCGGACGUCUGGAGUUACGGUGUGGUGCUGUAUGAACUAUUCACACACAGUGAGAAGCGCUGCAGCCCUCCUACAGUGUUUAUGAGCAUGAUGGGAGGAGACAAGCAUGGCCAGACUAUAGUGUAUCAUCUCAUUGAACUGCUGAAACAAGGGAACCGCUUACCUCAGCCAGUGGGAUGCCCCUCAGAGAUGUACGAGAUAAUGCAGGAAUGCUGGGAUAAUGAUGCAAGCUUUCGGCCGGCCUUUAAGGAGCUCGCUCUUCGCAUCGACUUGUUUCGUGACAGCAGUGACUCAGACCUAUACACCCAAGUGCCUCCAUUUUAAGAGAGAAACACUUUGCUUUGUGCAAAUAACUGCCUUGAAGCUUAUCAGCACCAGGUCAAUAAUCAGGACCUCCAUCGUUACUCUCCUUGCUUUUCAGUGUGCCAUCUUGUUAGACAUCUUUAAGGACUUGGAUGUUCUACCAGCCUAUAAAAAAAACUACGUUUUGGUUUGCUUCCCCUUGCUAGCAGUGCUAGCACAUUACUUUGCCCUGGAGAACUGUGAAAGGAAAAAUGCACAUGCAAUUGCAUUCUUUUUAUAUAUGUGUUUUAUGUACAUAUCAAUAAAGAUUUUAUAAUUUUAUAAAAAUGAAAGAUGAAUGCAAUUCUGACUAUAUUUGGACUGUUAAAAAGCAGUGAAAUAUAAAUGAAGAAAGCUAUAUAAUGUUUAUAGAUUUCCAUCGUCAGACAGGUGGUGUCUAAUUAAAAUCCUAUAUUAAAUAUA